GACAGUUCUAGAAACUCUCAGGAAAAUCCUAAAGAUGACUUUCUUGAAGCAUGAACAGUUAUAUAUAUAGUAUACAUUUAAUUUUUUUUCUGUUAAUUGAGUAUCCAAAGAUGGCAUCUUGUUUUAAUUUGUACUUUUUGAUUUUUUUAAAAAAGUGGAAUAUUUUUAAAUGUGUGUGUUGGCCAUUGUCUUCUUUUUUUAAUCCACAACCUUUGCCCAUUUUUCAUGUGAGGGAUUAUCUUUUAACUGCUUUUCCUCAUAAGCUCAGCUGUACCAUUCGAUUUGUUACAUGUAAAUAUGUUAAAACUUCAUUUAAGUAUAAUGCUCAUUUUUGUUUUCAAUAUAUUAUGGUCUGUCAAUUUUUGUCUUGUUUACUACUUUUGGUGAUAUGUUUUGAAAGUGUCCCCCACUCCAAGAUUUUAUAAAUAUUCACAUUUUCUUGUAAUAAUUGUGAUCUAAUUUUUAAAAAUAUUUAACUAUUUAACCCAUGUGGAAUAUAUUUUCAUGUUGGUGCAAAGUAGGGAUAUAACCUUAUGUUUUGUUUUCCUCAAAUGAUUGGCCAGCCAGCCAAAAGAGAUGGCUAGUCUUCAUAUGAGAGAUAACUGUUUAUUAAUUUACUUUUACAAUUCAGUAAUACAAUGAAAUGAGUAUAUAUCUCAUGUGUUUCAUUAGAAUAGAGUACUUAAAUCAUUUUUUUUCCUUUAGGUGGAUUUAUUUUUUAUGGAAAUAGUGUUUCUCAUUCCUAAACAAUGUAAGACUAGCAAUCUGGAGAUCACCCUUAACAUAUGUCACUAUCUAAAGGAGUUGCUGCUGGACCACAUGACACCAGUCCCAUUCUUGAAGCAGAAUGUUCAGAGUGUGUCCAAAAUGCAGAAGCCACCCAUUUCCAAGAAAAACAGCUAUGCUUCAACCAGCCUAAGUCUAUUGCAACUGAUGGUGAGACCAUUCUAAAAGGCCUCCAGUCCAUUUUCCAGGAGCAAGGAAUGGCGGAGUCGGUGCACACCUGGCAGGACCAUGGCUAUUUAGCAACCUACACAAACAAGAACGGCAGCUUUGCCAAUUUGAGAAUUUACCCACAUGGAUUGGUGUUGCUGGACCUUCAGAGUUAUGAUGGUGAUGCGCAAGGCAAAGAAGAGAUCGACAGUAUUUUGAACAAAGUAGAAGAGAGAAUGAAAGAAUUGAGUCAGGACAGUACUGGGCGGGUGAAACGAUUACCACCCAUAGUGCGAGGAGGAGCCAUUGACAGAUAUUGGCCAACCGCUGAUGGGCGUCUGGUUGAAUAUGACAUAGAUGAAGUGGUAUAUGACGAAGAUUCACCUUAUCAAAAUAUAAAAAUUCUACACUCGAAGCAGUUUGGAAAUAUUCUCAUCCUUAGUGGGGAUGUUAAUUUGGCAGAGAGUGAUUUGGCGUAUACCCGGGCCAUCAUGGGCAGUGGCAAAGAAGAUUACACUGGCAAAGAUGUACUCAUUCUGGGAGGUGGAGAUGGAGGCAUAUUGUAUGAAAUAGUCAAACUAAAACCAAAGAUGGUCACUAUGGUAGAGAUUGACCAAAUGGUGAUCGAUGGGUGUAAGAAAUACAUGCGAAAAACGUGUGGCGAUGUCUUAGACAAUCUUAAAGGAGACUGCUAUCAGGUUCUAAUAGAAGACUGUAUUCCGGUACUGAAGAGGUACGCCAAAGAAGGGAGAGAAUUUGAUUAUGUGAUUAAUGAUUUGACUGCUGUUCCAAUCUCCACGUCUCCAGAAGAAGAUUCCACAUGGGAGUUUCUCAGACUGAUUCUUGACCUCUCAAUGAAAGUGUUGAAACAGGAUGGGAAAUAUUUUACACAGGGGAACUGUGUCAAUCUGACAGAAGCGCUGUCGCUCUAUGAAGAACAGCUGGGGCACCUGUAUUGUCCUGUGGAAUUUUCAAAGGAGAUCGUCUGUGUCCCUUCAUAUUUGGAAUUGUGGGUAUUUUACACUGUUUGGAAGAAAGCUAAACCUUGAAGAUCAAUAGCCCCUAAUCACAUGUGCUGCGAAUGGCCUUCCUGACCUCCAUAUGCUGUACAUGACAUCGAAAUGAGUCAGGCAAUUGAUUGUGAAUUCCUUAAAGUUUUCCUUUUUUUAAUAAUUAUUUUUAAUUUAAACAAGCAAAUGGCAAAUGUAUAUUUUGAUGAGCUUAGGGUGUUAUUUUUUUUUGAAAGUCAGCUGAAGGAUGGUUAGACAGCACAGCGAAGACUGCUAAAUGCACUGACCUCCCCUCCCCCCGCCAUUAGAAUGUGAUUCUUGUUCCUUUUUAUUUCUCUGUGGGCUUUUGUUUUUGUUUUUGUUUUUGUUUUCGUAGAUCUUCAAUUUGGAUAUUUGGAGGAGUAAACAUCGUUGUUUUGCUGGAGGGAUGAUCUUGAUGAUGUUUCUUUCCCCAAAAAUUGACUUAGAUAUUAAAAUUUGGUGCUUAUAAGAGAGAGUUAAAAAAAUAAAUAGGAUUGCUUCAAUUAAAAUUACAAAAGAGACA